AUGGAAUGUCCCCAUGAUGCUCAGUUGUUUGACACGGACAGUAACAGUACCCAAGCGAUUCUUCGGAAGCUUGCACAUUUUCAACGAUGGUACCAGCCAAUUCACGGAUAUGUAUGUGUACUCAUCUGCGUUUUUGGUAUCUUCACCAAUUUUGUGCAUGUGGCAGUUUUAUCGAGACCCAACAUGCGCAACUCGGCCGUCAACUGCAUUCUAACAGCAGUGGCUGUCUGUGAUAUUGGAACAAUGGCAUCCUAUCUCAUUUAUAUUAUACACUUUGUGCUGAGGAGGAACAAUUCAUGCACUCCAACGUUCACUCAUUCUUGGUUACAAUUCCUUUUAUGGCAUGUUGUUUUGAGCAUCACACUACAUACGACAUCUUUAUGGUUAGCUGUGGCAAUGGCUUUCAUUCGACGGAUGACUCUAAGGGUUACAGCAUUGAACAGUCAAUGGCAGCGACCGAAGUUUGCUUGGAAGCUGUGUCUUAUCAUAUACAUUAUUGUUUUCAUUUUAUGUAUCCCCAAUAUGUUAGUUCACGAAAUAGCAAAAGUGGAGGGUCACAGUUGGAAACCGAGUCCGUCUUGUAAAGGGUUCCCGACAAAUUAUACAGAACCGGUGUACACUUUUAUGGUUAGCCACGCGGCGACGAUUAAUAAUUGCCGAUUAUUUAAAUGGAAUAUUUGGAUGAUUGGCAUUUUGUUCAAGAUUAUUCCUUGUAUAUUGUUGAUUUUCUUAUCAUUUGGGUUGGUCGCGAAGAUUCGGGACGCAGAACGGCAUCGGAGGAAAUUGACGAGUGUGCCAUCGAACGCAUCAACAGAUUCAAAGCCGCUGAAAAAGAAGAAUGGAACACCAGAUCGGACAACACUGAUGCUUGUAGUAAUCUUGUUGGUGUUCUUAAUCACAGAGUUCCCUCAAGGAAUCAUUUCAAUUCUCUGUGCAAUUUUCACGACUGAUGUUCACAAAUAUCUCUACUUCUAUAUCGGCGACGUGUUGGAUCUCCUCUCACUCGUCAACUCAUCUGUAAAUUUUGUUUUAUACUGUGUCAUGUCAUCUCGCUACAGACAAACUUUCUGGGAAGUUAUCAUACCUUCAUGGGCUUAUGCCAUGUGGACUACUCGUAGAGGAUCUCCAACGGAAUUAUCUCAAUUACAAAUGAACAACAGUUUACGGCUAGGGAGGAAACAGAGUUACACCCCACUUGCAACGGAACCAGAUCCGGGACGAGACGAAGAAUGUAGUUUCGAAGCUUCAAUGUCGGAUAAUCAGAAUAGUAGCAGGGAGCAUCAACUGUGA